AUGCUUGAAUCAAUCGUGCCCGUCAUUGCCCAACACUGGCCUAUUGCUCUGGCUGUCCUCGUUGCAAGUCUUCUCCUUCGUAACUACUUCUAUCAUGGCCUCAACCAGUAUCCAGGGCCUGUACUGGCGAGAUACACGGAUUGGUGGAGAUUUUUCGAUGUCUGUGGACGACGUCCUGAUAUCACUCACCUAAGGUUGCACCGACAGCACGGGGAUGUUGUUCGACUUGGGCCCAAUGUUCUCUCGUUCGCGAACCCGAAAGCGUUGAAGACCAUAUAUGGGCUGAACAAGGGCUUUACCAAGUCCGGGUUCUACCCUGUGCAGCAAAGCGUCAGCAAAGGAAAGCGGUUGCCGUCGUUGUUUUCUACCACCGACGAGUCGUAUCACGCGAACCUUCGCCGGUCAGUCAACAAUGCGUUUUCAAUGAGUCAGCUGGUUCAAUAUGAGCCUGCUGUUACCGAAACGGUUGAAGUCUUCCUGGAUCAGACGGACAGACUGUACGCAAAGCCGGACCAAGUCUGUGACUUUGCACAGUGGCUCCAAUACUUUGCAUUCGAUGUCAUUGGACAAAUCACCUACAGCAAGCGUCAUGGCUUCGUGGAGAGGAACGAAGAUAUCGAUGGCAUGGUUGGAUAUCUCGGAAGGUUGUUCUCGUAUGUUGCGCCGAUAGGACAGAUACCAUGGCUUGACCUUCUGUUCUUGAAGAACCCGGUUGUCCUGCUCCUAGACAAACUCGGAGUCAAACUCCUGGCUUUCCCAGUUACCACGUUCGCCGCUCAACGCAUGUCUGAACGACUUUCCGAGAUGGAAUUGCAAGGACGUGAGAAGGGCACGGAGAAGCCGGACCUGUUGUCCAUGUUCUUGAAGGCACAGACCGACCGCCCGGAAUUCAUGACAGACCAACGUGUCUUGACCAUGGCUGUCUCCAUGGCAUUCGCCGGCUCUGAGACCACGGCCAUCAGCUUGGCUGCGUUGUUCUACUAUCUGCUGCGGAACCCGCGGUGCUACGAGAAGCUGAUGCAAGAGCUCAACGAAGCUGUGGCAGAAGGACGGAUUGAGAACCGCCCGACAGGCACGGUGACGUGGGCCGAAGCGCAGAAUCUCCCAUACCUCGACGCUUGUAUCAAAGAAGCCUUCCGCAUGCAUCCUGCAGCGGGUCUGCCGCUCGAGCGAGUGACCCCGCCGCAGGGAAUUGAGAUCGACGGCCACUUUGUCCCGGGCGGGACGAUUGUGGGCUGCAACGCAUGGGUCAUUCACAAACGCGAAGAGGUCUUUGGCUCUCAGGUGGACAGUUACAUACCCGAACGCUGGCUGGAUGCGAGCAAGGAGCAGCUGAAGGAGAUGAAUGGCACGUUGUUCCAAUUCGGCGCCGGGGCUCGCACGUGUAUUGGCAAGAACAUCAGCCUGUUGGAGAUGUACAAAUUGAUUCCUACGUUCUUGAGGCGAUUUGAGAUUCGAUUCGACAACCCCAACAAGGACUGGAAGUUGCACAAUGCCUGGUUUGUCAAGGAACACGACUUCUACUGCCGCUUCCAGGCACGAGAUCUGCAGGCGAGAUGA